AGGGUAUCGGAAUUGAGUUCCAUUCCAUUCCUCACUUUUCUUCUUUCCGAGAGAGUGAUUGAUGAUAGACUUGCAGUAGCCAUACGUAUGUGGGGAGCCAGUUUGAUUCGACUCUCUGAAAAUUAGUGACAAAUACAUCUUUUCGCGACUCUUGGUUUGUAUCUCUGUUCACUUUCAAAUUGAAGCUUUCAUUUUCAAUUUGGCUCUACUUCUCUUUUCAUCAGUUAAAUGGCCCAACCUCCAAUCCGUCCAGGUGCAGAUGUACCGUUUAUCUCUCCUUACUGCGUGUUCCCACCUUCAAUGAAGAGUCUUAUUGUCUUCAUUGUCUCGAUUGCCGCUACAUUUUCAGGAUUGGCUACACAUAUCUACUUUCCCGUCAUCCCAACGAUUGCGACAGACCUAUCUGUGUCAAUAGAUUUGGUCAACAUUUCCGUUACGGCCUACCUCGUUUUCUAGGCGAUUAUACCUUUCAUUUGGGACGCGUUUUCAGAUUGCGAGGGCCGUCGAAUUGUAUAUCUCUCAAGUUUCAUUAUAUUUACAGGGGCUUGUGUUGGUCUCGCAAAAACAAGCAACUACCCCCAGCUUAUGGUGCUACGGUGCCUCCAAAGCAUAGGAAGUGCGAGUACCAUAGUCGUCGGCACUGGUGUUCUUGGAGAUAUUACUACGAGAGAUGAACGAGGCGGCUACAUGGGCUACUUCCAGGCAGGGCAGAUGUUACCACUUGCAAUUGGACCAAUCCUCGGAGGGGUAUUUGCUGAUACGAUUGGCUGGAGAUCCAUAUUUUGGUUCCUCACCAUCUACUCAGCGGUAUUUCUUGUUUUUCUCGGCCUAUUCCUCCCAGAGACUCUUCGAUCAUUGGUUGGAAACAGCUCCGUCCCUGCCAGGGGCAUCUCAAAAUGCCCCCUGACGUAUUUCCAACCACGCCAAGCAGCACAAGGCUCACAGCCAGACUCUGCACCGACGCCCACAACGGUAAUAUCUAAUGGCAAGCAAAGCUUCAACUUCCUCGGCCCAAUCCGUAUCCUCAUUAGCCUUGAAAUCACGUUUGCCAUCGUCUUCGUCUCCAUUUGUUACGCACUGUGGCAAAUGACUCUCACCGCGCAAUCUACACUUCUCAAGCAAACCUACAAUCUCAACGACACCCAACUGGGAUUAACAUACGUUGCAAACGGCGUGGGCUGCAUGGUAAGCACUGCAUCAACAGGGAGGCUCCUGGAUGUCGACUACAAGCGCAUUAAAAGCAAAUACAGCGGACCGGCGGAGAGCUUCCCACUGGAGCGAACAAGGCUCCGCACCGCUUGGUUCUGGGCUGGUGUGCAGAGCGCCUCGAUCCUUGUCUUUGGCUGGACGCUGGAUAAGAAUGUCCAUAUCUCUGUCCCCAUCAUCAGUACCCUUAUAGUAGGAUGGACAACAACGUCCAUCCAGUGCCUUGUCUUUACCUUCUUGGUGGACGUUUACCCUGAACGGGCCGCUACGGCAGCAGCAGCGCUGAACUUGUUUAGGUGUCUACUUGGCGGUGGGGGAGCGGCGGCUGUGUUUCCCAUCAUCAAGGGAAUAGGGAUUGGAUGGACGUUUACACUUUUAGCUGGGAUUCUCCUUCUAGGGUUGGGCGUUUUGGGCGUACAAUUCGUAUAUGGGCCUAGGUGGAGAGGGGAGGCGAGAUCGCGCCUUGGAAGUAGUGACGUUCAUGAGAUGCUACGAGGAAACUGAUACUCUGUAUAUUGCAAUAGAUAACUUGGCUAUUGAGUCCAUCUAACUUAUCAAGAUUCACAAAUGUCUGGAGUUGGCUUUUUUUUUCGUUUUCUCCCCGG